AUCAAAACAUUUCAGAAACGUUUUCUCUAGCUAGCUCUCUAGUAGAAUGGCUUCGAUCUUUUUCUUUAUUUUUGCCAUUCUUUUGAGUUCAAGCACAUCUCGUGGUCUUUGAAGCUUCUGCCGUUGAAAAACAUGAGCAAUGGAUGUCUCGGUUCCAUAGCGUUUACUCACACGAGGCUGAGAAAGCGAGUAGGUUUCAGAUUUUAAGAAGAACUUAAAGUUCGUUGAGAGCUUCAACAUGAAAACGAACAAGACCUACAAGUUGGAUGUCAACAAGUUCUCCCACCUCACCGACGAGGAAUUCCAGGCGAGGUACAUGGGGCUGGUGGUGCCAGAAGGUACUUCAUCACUGGACUCCCACAAAACCGUGUCAUUUAGACAUGAAAAUGUCAGUGAAACCGGUGAGAGCAUGGAUUGGAGACAGGAAGCGGCCGUUACACCAGUUAAGAACCAAAACCCAUGUGGAUGUUGUUGGGCUUUCUCGGCAGUGGCAGCACUGGAAGGCAUUACGAAGAUUGCGAAAGGAGAGCUCGUAUCCUUGUCAGAGCAACAACUGGUUGAUUGCAACACAGAGAACAACGGAUGUAACGGAGGGAUCAUGUCGAGUGCUUUCAGCUACAUUAUAAACAACCAAGGAAUCACCACACAGAGGAUAGCUAUCCUUACCUGUGACUAACCUCUUUCUACUGCUUCAACAAUCAGCGAUUACAAGACGGUUACCCAAAAUGAUGAGGAAGCAUUGCUUAAAGCGGUGUCUCAACAACCUAUUUCCGUUGCGAUAAAUGGGUCAGGAGCUGCGUUUAUGCAAUAUGACGGCGGGAUAUUCGAUGGAGAGGACUGCGGGACGAACCUGACUCAUG